AUGUUCAAACGACCCCACUCAACCAAACCAUCCAACGCAAUCUCAAGCUCAGCAAGAAAGAAACUGAUCAACCAACUAACAACAACAACAACAACAACAACAAUCAAACAAGAAACCAUCAACCAACUCAUCCCAACCAACGGCAUCACCAUCUCACGAGCAUACAGCCAUCUCAACGAACAACUAUCGAUCUACUAUGACCCAGAACACCAGCCGAUCUACAUCCAACUCAACACCACACUCAUCCCGACCAUCUACACCCUGCUCAGAUAUCCAAGCCUCCUGCCCACCCUCAGGACCAACCAGCUCGUGCUCGACAAACUCGUCCAGGGCGCCGAUCUCAUGCUCCCUGGCUUAAACAAAUCUAACCUCGAUCAACUCACUCAUCUCAAGAAGGAUCAGCUGGUCUCCAUCUCUGGCUCCAAUCCUGAAGACCCCAUCUGGGCUGUAGGAUUCCUGGCCGAUGAUGUCACCAGCCUCAUCCGAUCGGAGAGUGGCAAAGCGGUCAUCACGAUCCACACUCAAAACGACUUCCUCUGGAACGCAGGCUCUAAACGGAUCCCUGCCAGAUUGGAAGAACCGUCCUCCUUGGAAGAGCCAGAGCCUUCAGCACAGCUCGAGAACCUCACGCUUGACCAAGAAUCACCAGCACCUAACGAAACCCAGAAGAGCGAGCCUACUACUGUACAAACCGUAGUCAAGCCGCCCGUCGAUCAUGUCGAUGAAUUCCUACACUCCGCGCUGCUGAUGACCCUAUGGAAGGGAGACAAGCUGGAAGCCCUGCUGCCGAUGCCUGCCUCGCUCUUCUACUCCGACCACAUCCUUCCCGCGCGUCCGAUCGAGUGUCCCAAAGCCGUCGGCGUCAAGGACUCCAGCGCCAAGAGCCUCGCUAAAUGGGUCAAACUCGCUCAGAAGAAAGGGUUCUUGACGGCCAAGGAAGAGCGCAAGGGCGCCGAAACAAUGGUCGUCGGGAUCAACCUCUCCCAUCCUGAGCUUAAAAAGUUCGCCAAGUUCCGGACGAUUGGAGAUCAAGAAAAGGAGGAGUCCAAACAACAGCAACAACAGAAGAAGACGCAGGAGGAAGGAGGCGAGUCGAAAAGGGCGGCCUCGUGGAGCUUGCCCGAGACGUCGAUCGAGCAGCUAUAUCGGGCGAAGACCGAGGCGGGGGUGAAGGGCUGGAUAGGAGAGACGGAUCUGGAUGCCGAAGCCUUACACACGCGACACGCGAUCAAGGAGGCCCUGGCGCGCUACCUCAACGCCCGUGUCGUCCAUCCUCCCGACCGGGCCACGCCGCUCAACCGCGGCCUCGUCCGGCCCGACCCCACCCUCGCCCAGGCCCUCCUCGGCCCCUCCCCCACAUCCCCCAUCUCCCGCAACCAGUUGUUCGAAAUCCUCCUCGCACAGGCGUUCGACCCUUGGUGGAGACUCACACGUAACAACCUCCUUGUCGCUGAAAAGAGAGGCGAUCUUCCGACCAUCGUACUCAAGAUGAAGAAAAAGGCCGGCCCUAAACAGGCCACUUUGCUCACUGGGACGGAGUUAUUUGGGAUCGAUCCGUUCCGGUUGGCGAAGGAGCUUAAAGUGAUUUGUGCAGGAAGCACGACCACCCACCCGAUCCCGGCGAACCACCCGACAACGACGGCGCUGAAGCCGCUGAGUAACCGCGACCUGCUCGGCAAACUUACCGCCGACUUCAUGCCCCCUACUCACCAGGCAUUCUAUGGCUCCAAUCAGGCCGCCUUUGUCGAGGUCGAGUGUCAGGGCGACCAGCGCGAGUUUCUUAGCAGGUUUUUGGUCGCUGAUUUGGGUGUCCCCAAGGCAUUUGUCGUCGUUGUUUGACUCUCCUUGAAAGGAGGGCUGUGAGGGUUCUUUUUUGUCUCUCUCUCUCUCUUCUUGAGGGUCUCUUUUUUGUCUCUCAAAAAACAUAAGCUGGGGGUCUGUAUUUGGACGGUUUCCUCCCACAGUUUAUCACGUUUUCUUGGCUCUCCCAUUUAUGAAUUAACUUCAAGCAGAUCUAGUUUUUUUUUUUUUUGGGGGGGGGGGGGGAGUUUGCGU